UAUGCUUACCUUUGCAGUAUUUUAUUAAAGUGCACCUUAAGCUCCUGAAAGAAAACAACAAAUGAAAAUCAUUAAUGGAUUUUUUUCUGGCAAACUCCACACAGCUGUUAUCUUGCCAUGCCUACUGGUGAUAACCACUGCCAUCACAAGAAAAUCCGUCCUGAUCUGGAAGGAUUUUUUUAAGAAUUAUGAACAGAGAAUUCUCUGGACAUAAACGUUUCAUAGAAGAGGAUGAAUCAUCAGUUUUAACAGAUUAUCAGGACUUUGAUCCUGCUAAACAUAAUCCGGUAUUCUAUGGGCAGAUGCAUACCAAGGUUCCCACAGAUGCAAAUCUUGAAGAGGGUGUAAAUGUUGCCAUCACACACCCCUCAGUGAUAGGAUACGCAUUUACACAGAAACCAGCAAAGUCGUCAACUCCACCACCUCCCCCUAUACCCAAAAAGGAACUUUGCUCUCCAAGUGAGUAUCUGGAACUGUAUGUAUUCCCUGUCCUGCUACCAGCAAUAGAGCGAAUGCUUGAACAGGCUAAGAAGGAGAAAUGCUUUGAGAGGAAGAGAACAAAAUUUGAUGCUCUGGACUUCUUAACACAGUUUUUGUACAAUAACAAUCCGAAUCAGGCUGAGCGAUCAAAGAGAGACCUUGAAGAUAUUCCAUUUGUUAAGGAAUGGCUCAAAGAUCAUCCUAGACCCCCAUUGCCGCUGUCUCUAAUCUGGACAGAGGAGGAAGCUGCUGUCAAGAUACAGUCCUUCUGGAGAGGCUACAGGGUUCGAAAGGAGCCGGAAAUUCAAGAGUUGCGCCAGUGGCAGGCAGAGUGGCGCGAGGAAAAUGGCGGAAUCCAACGACGCGUCAGUGACUUUUGGGAGAAAAAGGAAAAAGAUGUCGGAGACACCUGACUUAUCUUAAAUCUUUUAAGACAAAAGACAAUAUUUGAAAAGACAUCAGUGUAAAUUUGUGUUUUACCAUGUUUGUUUAAACCGUUUUGACAUGCACAGAUUGAUAAACUACUUGACAUAUAAUUGAAUGGUUACUAAUGUAAUUAAAUCUAAAACGGAAGAAGUACUAUUAAGACUAUUUUACUUUUAUAUAACUUUGCACCUUUAUUGUAUUUUCAGUGAAAAAAUAUCUACAGGGAUUAUUGUAAAAGAUCUGAUUGAAUCAGUUUUCAAUAUGGAUUGUCUUACUUAUAAGUGAAUAUGUACAUGAACAAAAAAUAUUAGUGAAAAGGUUGCAGAGAAUUAAAUUAUAUAUAUGUUGUACUAUACCUGUGAUAAUUCUGUUAUUUAUAAAGUUAUGUCAAAUUA